GAUCUACAUAACCUACAUUAUUUUGUAACCUCUAAUUAAUAGAAUUUAAGUAACAAUUAUUGUUAUUUAACAUUGAGAAUUAUGGCCUUUUAUCGUGUAUGUUAUCAUACACCAAAGAUAAUUUCGAAUUGCAUAAAGUUGUCCUCCUGUUUGAAUCACAGUAACAAUAGGACAAAAUGCAUUUCAACAAUUUAUGGAAAAUCACAGUACCAUACAAGUCAAACAUUUUGGAAAAGGAGGAAAACUGUGGAAGAAAGGAAAUCUUCCAGGAUAAUAGAAUACACUCCCAAAGCUAAAGCAAAGGUGAUUGAUGUAUGGAGGAAUAUAACAGUGGCAGAAUUGGCACAAGUCCUUGAUCGUGAUGUAAAAUAUGUGUGUGAUUUAUUUCUUAAUCAAGUGUCAGGUGGAAGGACAGUAAUUAGUGACCAAGCACUGCUGCAUGAAGCAGUGAAGAGGAGUGGUCACAGGAUGAGAGUGGUUGCCAAUCCUAAUGAUGUGGUGGAAGAGGAGGUGGAUAGGGAUAUUUACCCUAGGCCACCUCCUACUAAGAGUCAACUGAAACCUAGGCCUCCUGUGGUCACUGUUAUGGGUCAUGUUGAUCAUGGCAAGACAACUUUACUGGAUGCGCUCAGGAAUACUAAAGUAGUAGCUAGCGAAUUUGGUGGCAUAACACAACACAUUGGUGCUUUUUCAGUUGAACUAAAGUCCGGCGCCAAAAUUACGUUUUUGGAUACGCCAGGUCACGCUGCAUUCACCGCUAUGCGAGAAAGAGGUGCAAAUAUAACUGAUAUUGUAGUAUUGGUAGUUGCUGCAGAUGACGGAGUCAUGGAACAGACAGUCGAAUCAAUCAGAAUGGCCAGGCAAGCAAGAGUGCCCAUAUUGGUUGCUAUAAAUAAGAUCGACGCCCCAAGAGCGAACGUGGAGGAGACAAAGCAAAUGCUUGUGAAUAAUGGCAUACAAGUUGAAAGUCUUGGAGGAGAUGUACAGGCCGUUCCAAUUUCGGCGCUUAAACGCAGGAACCUGGACCAAUUGACAGAGGCGUUGGUUUUACAAGCCGAACUGUUGGAAGUCGGUGCAGAUCCUAUCGGUCCAGUGGAAGCUGUGGUGGUGGAAAGCAGAUUGCAUCCGCAGAGGGGAAGAUUGUGCACGAUUGUGGUGCAACGAGGCACGCUGAAGAAAGGUGAUGUAAUUGUUGCUGAUACCUCAUUGUGCAGGGUUCGUUCAAUCAAAGAUCAUGACGGUAAACAAUUGACGGAGGUGAAGCCUGGAUAUCCAGCUGAAGUAGAAGGCUGGAAAGAUCUUCCAUCCGCCGGAGAAGUUGUACUGCAGGUGGACAGCGAGAAGACGGCGAGGAACGUGAUCAAAGCGAGAGAAAGCAAAAAGCAGUUGGCUAAGCAGGAAGAGGAUGCUAUUGCUAUCUCGUCCAAGGAGGAGCAACAUGACAGGGAGUACAAAGAGAAACUUAUGCACAAACGUCGCAUGGGUAGAUUCAGGCUGAGAAGCCAGGGUCCACGAGGAAAGGAAAUUAUAGAUGAUGACGAUGGUACGCCUAGGAUAAAUUUGAUAAUCAAAGCAGAUGUGGAUGGAACGUUGGAAGCGCUAUUGAAUACUCUGGACAGUUACGAAGAACCCGACUGCGUCAUGGAUUUAGUACAUUAUGGGGUUGGCGCCGUGACGGAAAGCGACAUCGAAAUGGCAAAGUCCUUCAAUGGCAUCAUUUAUGCAUUCAAUUCUGACUGCCCACCUAAAUGUAAAGACCUGGCCGACCAGAAUUCAGUACCUAUUAAACACCACAAUGUAAUUUACAAGUUGGUCGACGAUGUCAAGGAGGAAAUUAACGAUAGGCUACCCCCCAUAAGCUACGAAGAAGUGAUCGGUGAGGCAACAGUCCUACAGCAGUUUGAUAUAAACGAAGGCAGAAAGAAGGUUCCAGUAGCUGGAUCGCGCUGCAUCAAGGGUGUGCUAAAAAGGUCUGCCAAAUUCAAAUUAGUCAGAAACGAAGAAACUCUCUUCGACGGUCCGCUUUCUUCCAUGAGACAUUUGAAGAACGAGGUGGACUCUAUCAAGAAAGACUUGGAUUGCGGCCUUCAGUUGCAAGAUAAAGAUUUGGAGUUCAAACCGGGCGACACGAUUGUUUGCUACGAGAACAAGUCAAAACGACAGGAGACCUCGUGGGAUCCGGGAUUUUAAUGUGCUAGUUUUCAGACUGUGGGUUAAUCGCGUCAUGAGCCUCGGCGCCGACAGUUUAACUUUUCCCGGCAGAUUUUUCGCCAUCACAUCAUCCUUGACGGCUUUCAGCAAGUCCCUUUCCCUUUGCGUGAUCGU